GUGGCCUGUUUUAUUUUUGCCGCGAGCGUGGGGUUGUGAAACCUCCUCAGCUGACGUCUUUUGCAACAUUUUUCUCCGCAGUGGAACAAGUCUCGCUCGCCGGCAGGAUGAACAACGCAGCUUUUCCGCCUGGUGCCGCGCCCACCGACAACAUGUUCAACAAUAUGCCCGGGUACGAGGGCAUGGGCCAAGGCGGAGGAGGUUUCUUGCCGCCGCCCAUGCCCGCGGAGCCCGUGGCGCCGCCUCAACCGGGGCCCGAACCCGAGGACUGGAGCAUCCCAUCUCUGUCUGAGGACGUCGCCCGCGAGGCGUUCAAGAGCUUCGCCGCGUCCAACUGCUGCUACAGCAAAGCGCCCGCCAACGACGGCGUCAUCACGCAGAUGGAGCCCUUCAACACCUACAGGUACCGACUGGAAACGUACACCGAGUCCAGGUCAACCGAGUGGGGCCACAAGCCGCAUGAAGGCGAGAUGCCGGACUUCUACACCCAGACGGCCCCCCGCCCCUGGGAGAUCCAGGCCACGCCCCCCAGCCUGUUCACCAAUCACACGGAGCUGAUCCGCGUACCCUACACCUCGUCCGUAAAGGAUUGCCAGGACUGCGGCGCCACAGGCAAGGAGCCCUGCAAGGAGUGCAACGGAAGCGGACAUAAACCGUGCUGGGUGUGUCACGGCUCAGGCACCAGAGACGAUCAGGACUGCUCCCGCUGCAACUCUACGGGCAAAGAAAGGUGCAGGAAGUGCGACGCUCGUGGCUUCGACAACUGCGACACAUGUAAAGGAAAGCGACAACUUCUGACCUUCAUCCAGCUCAAAGUGGAAUGGACAAACCACGUGGACGAUCACGUGGUGGAGCAGAACAGCGGCUUGAAGAUCGACGACCUGCGCUCAGUGAGCGGCAAGGAGCUCUUCAAGGACAACCAGUACCUGUUGUACCCGCUGAUGGGCUUCCCCGACCCGGCCAUCCCCGACGCGUCGGCCCGCCUCCUCCAGGAGCACCAGGGCAAGUACGCCGGGACCUCCAGGAUCCUGCAGCAGAGGCAGACGGUGGAGUUGAUCCCGAUCACAAAAGUUUGCUACAAGUGGAAAGGCGACUCUCACGUGUUCUACGUGUUCGGCAACGAGCAGCAAGUGAUGGCCGACAACUACCCGGCCAAAUGCUGCUGCGUCAUCCUCUAGAGUCCGGACGCAGGAAGUCACGCCUCCUCCGCUUCCUGUUCUCGGGUCGUCGCCUGAAAGAAAACUUCAGAAAUGUCAGCAAAUCGUGGAUGGUGGGGGAAAAAAAAUGCCCGAAAUUAUGCCUUCUAUUCUCAAUUCAAACGGUUUAACUACUGUGACUGUCGUUUAAAAUUUGAUAGAAUUUGAAAAAAAAAAAAAAAUCUGCCCUCGUCCAAUUAAAUUUAAAAAUCAUUUAUGAUGAGUCAAAAAAGUAUGGAGCCCCUAAGGGACAUUGAAAAAAAAAAAAAACUAACUAGUUUCUCAUUGUAAUGAGAAACUUUCUCAUUGUAAUGAGUAACUAGACCAUUGCAUCUGUGCAUGUAUAAAAGACCCUUAUUCCUUAUUCAGGAAGCUACCGCUAGCAGGUAAAGAAGCUACGACCCAUAGGUAGCCGUUUUUCGACCCUCUCAUCGUAAUGAGUAACUUACUCAUGAGUUACAAUGAGUAAGUUACUCAUUGCAAUGAGGAAGUUACUCAUUGCAAUGAGGAAGUUACUCAUGAGUAAGUAAUUGUAAUGAGUUACAAUUACAAAGAGAAACUUACGACAAUGAGUAACAUACUCAUUGUAAUGAGUCACUUACUCAUUACAAUGAGAAUUUUUUUUUCAAUGUCCCUUUAGGAGCUCUGGAAUACAAACUUACUCAUGAGUUAGAAUGAGUAACUUACUUGUAUAUAUAUAUUACUUGUAAGUUACUCAUUACAAUUAUAAAGUUACUGAUUACAAUGAGAAACUGGUUAGUUUUUUUCUUCAAUGUCCCUUUUGGGUCUCUGUAAAACGAAUUUACUCAUGAGUUAGACUGAGUAACUUACGAGUAAGUAAUGAGUAAGUUUCUCAUUACAAUGAGUAAAUUACUCAUUACAAUGAAUAACUUACUUAAAACAAUGACAAAGUUACUCAUUACAAUGAGAAACCAGUUUUUUUUUUCCAUGUCCCUUUAGGGGCUCCGUAAAAAAGUCAUUAUGAUCUAGACUCAGAAAAUUUGGAUGCAUUUUGUUAGGUGGGGUUUAGCUACUUUCUCUAGAUUUAAAAAUAUCGAAAAAAAACUGUAUUCAUUAUGAUAUAAUAAAAUUAUGUAAUAUCUAAUUUUUUUCAAUUAUAAAUAAAUUAAUUGAUAGGUGUACAAUGCAAUAUUAUAAUAGUUGAAAUCAAUGUAUUUUACAUUUUGAUAUGAAUUAAAAUGUAAUAUUUAGUUAGAUGGUGGGGAAAAUAGUUAGAUCGUUGGCCUCACAGUUCUGAGGUCCAGGGUUCAAUCCCGGCCCCGCCAGUGUGGAGUUUGCACGUUCUCCCUGUGCCUGCGUGGGUUUUCUCCGGGUCGGCACUCUAGAUGUGCCCCGAGUGAUGUGAUUGCGAGCGCGAGUGUCUGUCUGCGUGUGCCCUGCGAUUGGCCGGCGACCAGUUCAGGGUGUUACCCUGACACACUGGGAAUGGUUCCAACACUACCGCGAUCCUUGUGAGGAUCCGUGGCUCAGAAAAUGUACAGAUGGGUGGAUGGAUAUUUAGUGAGAUAAAUUACUCGAUAACCAGAUUUUUUUUGGAACAUUUAAAACAAUGUUACAUGCAUUUGUACUCGUGGUCGUAUCUGUGUGCCUGGCAUGUGCCAACCACUCGGCUCAUGUCCAAAUGAUUCCGUUUACAUUCGUUUUCACAACGAUUACCUCACACGGCUGUCAAAGAAACAACAGAUUUUGUUGUUGAGAUCAACUUUUUGCCUUUAUUCGCCGGGAAAAAACAAAUUGCGAGGAGACGGUAUUCAAAUGUCCGUCAGGAAACUCUGGUGCCCCCAUCUGGCUGCUUCCAAUACAACAGACGGCCGUUGCCUUAUAGUACAGUAAGUAACCUCACUUAGUUGAAAUAUGUACCGUAGCAAUGUCUGACGUAUUUUUCAAUACAUAAGCUGUUCAGUAUGUAUCCAACAUUUUACACGCCUUUCCGACCCGAUGGUUUGUCCUGUGACAUUUUCACUACUGCAUGCGAGUGAAUAUUUAGAAUAGAAUUUAGAGUAGCUGCUAAUUAAUCUGCUGGUUGAUUUGAUGAAUAAUUUUUUUGAUGGAUGACUUGAUGAUGAUGGCCCCCGGUGUAGUCAGUAGUACUCUUCGUUGUAGUCCUGUUCCUGUGUAAACAAAUAAACAGUC